GAUCAUCUGUGGAGACACAGGUAACAACACAUUGGUCACUUAAAUUAUACAAGAAAUUCACUAAAAAUGGCAAAAACAGUUACCUGAUUUGAAGUUCUCCACUCAAAUUCAGUAAGCCACUGGAGGAAAGUUGUGACAUGAGGGUUAAUGUGAACAACCUUUCUGUAAUGAACCGCUGAUCUGUACCAUAAGUCAUCCUUGCGGGGGUUGUCGGAACUGUAUGCGCAGUCGCACUAAGGACAGAUGUGCUCAGAGGCAUGCCCUGUAACGUGUAUGAGCGGUCUGUCGUGCGGCAGGAAUAAGUUGUACAAAGUCCAUCUUAGACAUGUGUGUCAUGCAAGCUAGCAGCAUCCCAUGAGAAACGGGCCGAAGUGUUUAAGUGUUCACCGGAGUUUGCACCCUUGGCAAGCGGACUGAGUUUCACGGUGCUCAAUGUCCAGAGAAUGAGCCGUGUGUGGUGAGGAAAUAAAUGGCUGCACCCGUUAGAGACUCUUCUGUCGUUCUUGAUGCCAAGGGCUGCUACAGUGAAACUCAUCGCUGCCUUGCAGCCAUCUACAUUCAUCUUAUUCUUUCAUCGAACUGUGAGUAAAGGCGUGUAUCGCGUCAUCCAGAGACUGCUGGAUCAGUAAAGGACUCAAAAUAAGGACAUUAUAAAUACAAUGUCAUGCACAUCUGCAUCUUGUAAGCUGUGUGAGCAAAUGAUCUUCAAUGUGGCAGUCUAAAGUGAUGCAAGCAAGAAAGACCUCUUCUGUAUUUAACACAGUAGCAUGUAAACUUGUGAUGCUGAAUAUCCCACAUUUCUCGCAUCAGAAUGCCUAAGACUGAAUCUGGGCUUUAUGCUAUCAGUUGUACUUCUGUAAAAAUUUAAGUGGCAAAUUGUCUGAUUGAGGGCAUCAUCAGUAUUAUUAUGUGUUGAAUUAUUUGGGUUUGUUGCCAGUCUGUGAGGUUAAAGGUGUAAAUAUCUAAGUUGAGUGUUAAUAAGUUGAAACCACCACUCAAUCCAUUUGAGUUCAGAUAUAUACACUUAAAAGGGCAGGUGCAACAAGCCAGAAGAUCAAAUUAAUAAUAAUGUUGUCCCCCGUUGAAGAAACAGACAAAUCUACAGAGGCACAACAGGCCAGGUCCAGCUCCAGAGAGCGAAGACUAACAGAAAAGGGGCAGGAGAUGCAUGAACAGGAAGCCAAGAAAAAUGAAAGGUCAUUUAGCAAGGCAUAUGAGUCCUGGAAGGAGUUAGCAAGAGGAGUUAGAACGAAACUGAAAGGUUUCUGCUCAAAUGAAGACCUUGUUAAAGCACAAACGGACAUUAAGGCUAAAGAAGCGGUAGUGCAUGAACUGUAUGAGCCUAUCCGACGUAAUCAUACUUCUACUCCAGAUGUUGUCAAGAAAAUGGAUGCGUGUGUUGCCCUAACAACAGAAAUUUGUGAUCUCAUUAGUAAACGACUAGAAGAUAUAGAUAAGACCUUUAAUGACAGGCUUGAGAAGGAGCGUGUAAGGAUGAUAUUAAGUAAGGAGGAGUAUGGAUCUGUUUUUGGGAAAACUGAAACAGAAACAGUUAUUUCAGAGCAUUCAAAGGGCUCAGAUUCAUACUCCAGAGCCACUUCUACGACUUCUAGCAAACGUGUGGAUGCCGAAGCUGACCUUGCAGCUAAACUAGAACAGGCGAAGGCAAUGCAACGAAUACAUGAACAGCAAGCCAAGUUGAGUAGCCUAGAGCAUGAGUGGAAAAUCAAGGAAGCACAAAUGAUUGCAGAAAUGACAGCAAAGUUAGAGGAAGAGAGAACUAAACUGCAACAGCUACAGGCAGAAAAUGAGGUAAAAGUAGCAGCAGCCAGAGUGAGAGCUUACAACAACUACGAUGGAUUGGAAAGCCUUAAGUAUGAGGCAGAUGACAAAUCACAACUUGAUAGCCAAAUCAUUGAAUCUCAAAAUCCAUUGAAUCCACAGGCUGAAUCAUUUCGACCUCAGUGUGCACCACCUGAGAUUUUGCAAAAGCAACAGGAGGUCAGCUUAACACAGGAGCUUGCAAGCUUGUUCGUCUCCAACCGUCUGCCUGCACCUGAACCCACAGUGUUCACUGGUGACCCUUUAAAGUUUAUAGACUGGAAGAUAUCCUUUAUGGCAUUGAUUGGCCACAAACCCCUCCCCGCAGGUGAAAAAAUGUUGCACUUGAAAAGUUAUGUUGCAGGUGAGGCGCGGAAGGCGGUCGAAGGGUUCUUCUAUCGAAACUCAGAAGAUGCAUAUCAGGGCGCCUGGGAGAUUCUUCAGGAGAGGUAUGGAAGUUCAUUUGUCGUCCAAAAGGCUUUCAGGGAUAAACUGAUGAAAUGGCCAAAAAUAGCUCCCAAUGACCCAGUAGCCCUCAGAGAGUUUUCAGAUUUUCUUCAAAGUUGUGCCGAGGCCAUCCCUCAUGUUAAAGGGCUGGCAAUUCUAAAUGAUUGUGAAGAAAAUCAUAAACUUCUCAAAAAACUGCCCGAAUGGCUGGUACGCAGAUGGGGUCGCGUUGUUGUGGAUGAACUAGACAGAUGUCAAGAGUAUCCACCAUUUGCUCAUUUCACCAGAUUUCUACAAAGGGAAGCUAGAAUAGCCUGCAACCCCAUUGCUUCUCCCUUCUUAUUAAACACUAAAGUAACAGAUGAAAGGCUUCCUAAGAGAACCAAGGCACUCAGCACCAAUGCUCAAGCUAAGCACUCUGCAGGUAAACCAGGGACCUUAAUUUCAAAGCAAAGAUCACCAUGCUUCGUCUGCAACGAUGAAACACACGGUGUCGCCAAGUGCCCAACCUUUGCCGCAAGGCCUCCUGAUGAAAAGAGGGCUUUCAUUCGCGAAAACCGUCUUUGCUUCGGCUGUUUAAGAAAGGGUCACACUAGUAAAGAAUGCAAAAGAAGGCACACAUGCACUAUAUGUAGUCGAAAUCAUCCAACUUGCUUGCACAUAGAGAGAAUUGAGGGAGCCGGUGGAAUGUUAAACAGUGAUUCACCAUCUGCAGGAAAUGAGACAAAGGAAGUCCGCAAUGUCAUGUCACACACAUUGACAAGACACUCCUCGGCUACGUCUAGCAUUGUUCCAGUUUUUGUGUCAUUGGCAGAAGAUCCCCACAGAGAGAUUCUCACAUAUGCACUGCUCGACACACAGAGCGAUUCAACUUUCAUCUUGGGAGAUCUGGUCUCUGCACUAAAUGUGAGGACUCAGCCAGUGCAAUUAAAGCUCAGUACAAUGACAGCAGUAGACACAGUCAUAGCUAGUAAAGUAGCUUGUGGAUUGCAAGUUCGUGGGCUCCAUAGUGAGUCGCAUGUUCAGCUACGCCAGGCAUACACAAGAGAUUUCAUCCCAGUCGAUAAGUCUCACAUUCCUACAAAGGACACCGCACUUCAGUGGCCACAUCUGAGGCAACUGGCAAACAAGCUGCAGCCACUUCAAGACUGUGAAGUGGGAUUGCUGAUCGGUUAUGAUUGCCCAUCAGCACUGGCCCCUCUAGAAGUUAUUGUAGGGUCAGAAAACCAUCCAUUUGCUCAAAGAACCGUGCUGGGCUGGAGCAUCAUAGGAUCAGCAAAUCCAUAUCUUGAUAGAAAGGAACAUCAGAGCUUUGUGCACAGAGUGGCAGUAAAGGAAAUGCCAUUACCCCCGGUCAAUGAUGUGUUAAAGGUCCUAGAAAUGGAUUUCAGCGAAAGAAACUACCAAGAUAAAUAUGUUUCUCAAGAUGAUGUUCAUUUUGUAAAACUCCUCAGCAGCACAAUCACAAAAGGAAGGAUGGACACUAUGAGAUGCCACUUCCUUUCAAGGGCAGCUCUCCACCCAUGCUGCCAAACAACAAGCGACUGGCUGAAGCUCGUUUGCAACACCUCAAGAGGAAGUUAA